GCCAGGAGAGAGACGCAGUCAACGUUCUCCACAGGUACUUGGACUACAUCCAUGUGAUGACUUACGACUUCUAUAGCUCUGGGGAUGGACGUACUGGGGAGAACAGCCCUCUGUACAGUAGUGGCAAAGAUUUGAACAGUAAUGUUUUCUUACAGGAUUACGUUAUGAAUUAUUGGAGGGACAAUGGUGCCCCAGCUGAGAAGCUCAUUGUUGGAUUCCCAACAUACGGACACAACUUCAACCUCCAAAACCCAUCUAACAAUGGUGUUGGGGCACCAACAUCAGGACCUGGGCCAGCUGGACCUUACACAGCGCAGCCUGGGACCUUGGCUUACUACGAGAUCUGCAGCUUCCUGAACUCCGGAGCCACUCAGGCUUGGGAUUCCCCCCAGUACGUGCCCUACGCCUACAAGGGCAACGAAUGGGUUGGCUACGACAACAUCAGGAGCUUCAGCCUCAAGGUUGACUGGCUGAAGAAGAACAAUUUUGGAGGUGCUAUGGUUUGGUCCCUUGAUAUGGAUGACUUCACCAGCACUUUCUGCAAGAAGGGCAAAUAUCCCCUGAUCACCACCCUGAAGAACGGCCUUGGUCAGCAAAACA